CAGUCAUCAUGGAGACAAAACGCUUAACUUUAAUCUUGAGUUUUCUUUUCAUUAUGGGAAAUAUUGUUCGAGCUGACAAAACCUUCAGGAAAUUCACGCAGAAUGUUGUUUUGUACUCGAUAGUCUGUUCGAUACAGGAUCAGCUUUUCCAUGAAGAGAGCAUGAGAAAAAUACAAUGCCUGUCGCUUUGUGCUGAUAAUUCCUCGUGUUUUGCCGUGUUCCACGACAAAGUUCGCCAGCACUGUGUUGGUUGCAGAGUCUUGCACUCUUCUGGUACAAACCAAUUGAUACAUGGAAUGUUUUUUAUAUUAUAUUUUCACCAUAAGUAUACGGUGGUUACUGAAUUCAAGACAUAUGACCAAGCGAAGGCACACUGUCAAGAGAUCGGAGCACAUUUAGCGUACAUAAAUUCAUUUGAUGAACAGAAUUUUAUCGAGCGGCAAGUAAUUGGAGCGUACACCAGUAAUUUUUGGAUAGGAGCAUCCCGACGGAGUGAUGGUGUAAUUUAUUGGGAGGACAACACGACUGUGGCCAUGACAUCUACCGGUAUGGCAACGGUCUCGACAUAUACCGGUGACAAUUACGAGAACUGGGCAGACGGCGAACCGAAUGCGCUAUCGGGGGAAGACUGUAUCAUACUGCAUUAUCCCUCUCAAUGGACCUGGCAUGAUGACAACUGUGAUUAUCUUCAUCUUAGUUUAUGCGAAUUUUAAAAAGUGAAUAUUAACCCUUAACCUGCUGGAAACCGGACAGUGGUUCGCCUUUACCACCAGUAAAGAUUCUAGGUCAUCCUGUACACCUUAUAAUCUGAACAGGCCCACUACUAUUGGUAGCCUUUUUGAUAUUGAAAUCCUUCCAACUUUGAAACAACUCUUUCAAAUCCAAAAAACGAGCAUAUCCUUUAAACCAGUACUGCCGCAGGUUAAGGGUUAGAUUGGCUUAUAUAUACGCACUUGGCGUAAACACAAAAAAUGUUCCGCUGAACUGUAAGAUGCUUAUACAUUGUAAUAUGAAUGUGUGUUUGCCGCUUAAACAUGUGUAAUAAUGUAAAACCUUCGCAGAGCAACACAAAUUUGGGAGUCAAAGAAUUUGGUCAUUAGGUGUUAAAUUCAUUGUGAAAUAUUAUUUUAAGAAUAAUUGAUAUCGUUGUUUGUAUUUUCUGAUCGCAGAUCAGGAAAUACAAUGCUGACAUUCAAUCUCUUGCACAGAUAUUCACGACAAACCUAACAACAGGUAGUUCUCAAAACAGCUUAAAACUAGCGAUGUAAAAGAAAAAUAUAGUUUUAUUUUGUUACAAGUAUCCAACAAAUUACAACAUAUUCAAAGUUUAAAAGUAGCGUUGGCUUAUAGAAUUAUCAAUAAACGCACAAUCACAAAUUACGCGGAUGAAUAUCAUUUUUAUCAAUGAAAAUGAUAUUUUUAGCGAUGUCGAUAACCGAAUACUUCAAAGCGUAGUACUUAUAUCUGUGAAAAGAAGAUUGCUCUGCAAGGGUUUCGCUGAUAUCAUUUUUUUUAUUUUUGUAAACAUAUAUGAUAAAUAUAAGUACAAGAUCGCCCUUGAACUGGUCUAUUCCAUUUUAAUGUUAAGGAUUAAGAAAACUAGAACACUAAAGAAUCGGUAAAUAUCUAGUUAUGUCGGGAAAAGUCGUAAUAACCCGAAGCCGCUCUCGCCUUUUUCGGCAACGCGUCUGUCUUUUCCACUGUGACGUCAUUAUUUUAGGAAGUACCUAUAUUGCGACUGCGGUUUUUCAUCCUGAUUAAAUGUAAUGAAAGCUGAAAAAUAAAGUAAUCUCUAUGUACAUGUAACAACGGCAAGCAUUCGUUAUAUCUAAUUUCAAUCAGUAAGUGUUGCUAAAGAUAAAAAGAAAAAAUGUCAGUAGUAUAUUUAGAUGUUGUUAUUGUUGUUGUUGUUGUUGUUAGUGUUGUUUCUGGUAAUGCUAAUUUUGCACAUUAUUGCUUUCAUUCUAAAUGUCCAGUUAGCAUGUAAUAAGUCUGAGUGUCUUAAUUACUUUAGCAAAAGAUAAGAAAUUACACAUAAACUUUAAAUUUUUAUUAACUGAUUUUUGGCAUGGUCAAUUGCUUUUAUAAAAAAAAAUUAUCGGCUUCUUAUCAAAUCAUUAAAAUAAUAAUAGUAUAAGUAUUUUUCACAAAAUUACGAAUCUUUAAACUUUGUAGAUAUAAGGGGGGGGGGGGGUAGGUGCAAAACAAACAAACAUAAAUCGAAAUAGAAUUUUAUAGUCAGAAAAUUAAUACCAAAACGUGACCUAUUUGAUCUCAUUUCGAAACCUGUAUGGCCUGUAAUUUGUAUUUUCCUUGACCAAAUAGGCACGUCUUUCAUAUUCUGAAAAACCAAAGUGUUACCUAUUUUAUCUUAAGAUAACGUUGUAUGACGUGGCAUUUAAAAAAAAAUAUUUUUCUGAAUGGAUGGAUGGAUGGAUGAAUGGAUGGAUGGAUUUGGCUUUUUUUAUAUACAUGUAUUUAAAAUAAGAUCUUCGAAAUGUAUUUCAAGACCAAAAUAUUAUGGCGCAAAAAAGUAAGAAAUGCCCGGAUAAAAGAGUAUCAUAUGCUUGACAAUGUCAUUAUAAUAAAAAAAAAUGAUACACUAGCAGGAAUAUUUAUGUACAUGUAUCUAGUAUGAAGUUAAGAAAUGCGCAUACAGAUGAUCAACACAUUACGUCAAGCAAACUGUGGUGACCUUUGGCGGAAAAAAAAUAUCAAGAUCAAGGUCAUUUUAUUUACAUACUGGCUUAAUCUUAUUCUACUAUUUAAUUCGAAAUGUAAUUCUUAAAACCCCGGGGGGAUAGAAAGAAAACGUUCUGAACGAGCAAUUUUGAAAAGGUUAAUUAUGGAAAAUCGGGGAGAAAACGUUCUGAACGAGCAAUUUUGGAAAGGUUAACCAUGGAAAAUCAGACAGACUUGUAAAAAAAAAUCCCAAAAUGUCACUCUAAUAAAUGUAGCUAUAGACUGAAUUGUCUUGGAUGUUUUAAAAGUACAUUACAAAUAAAAACAAGGCUGUACAUGUAUACUGGCUUUAUUUUUUUUGUUUCAAAAUUCUACAAAAUGAAUAAAAAUUCCUACAUUCAAUACAAAUAUUUACAACUUAAUUUAUUUACAUCUUAAAUACAGUUCUGCCCAAAAAUAUUGCACAAAUGGAUUUUUACAGUACGCAAAAAAUGUAAAUGUCAAAUGGUGUAUCAUUAAAUGUAUCUAAAUUUA